AUUUUUGAGAUGCUGUCGCUAAUUUGAUGAAUACCUGAUUUUGGACUACUGAGCACUUACUUAUAAAUACCACGACGAGCAAGUCAAGCCAGUUAGUUAGAGCUCAGCAUUCACUCAGGGAACAACACAAAAGACAAUGCAUUUGUUUGGACUACUCGUGCCGAUCGUUUGCGCUGUUUUGUGCGUCGCUGCCGAUCCCCAGCGGACAUACGACGGACAUAAUGGGCCACAUGUUUUCGGAACACCCGGCAAUCAAGUCUACAUUCGGGGGCAGAACGAUGGCGUGUACAAGGUGCCAGGAGUAGGUGGUCAGUUCCAGCACGCAUCGUCGCCAGCGGAACACGUCUAUACGGAUGAGCAGGGGAACACCUAUGUGCACAAAAAGCACGCUGGAGGACCAGGAACAAAUACUGUUAGAGGACCUGGCCUAACCGCUGGACAUCCCGCCUACUCCACUAUUCCGCCUGCUGCACUUCGCAAUCCACAGUUUCGUGUGGAGCGACCUGGUCGCACUGUGGAUGUGGGAGACGGAGGAUUUGUCGUCCAAAGGGACAGGCGUAGUCCCCAGUUUCAUGUGGAGCGAUCUGGGCGAAUGCUAGACGUCGGCUUUAAAGGAUUGAUAGUUGAAAGGGAAAGCCGCAGCAUCCACGAUGGUCGCGUCCAGGGAGAAAACUUCGUGGCUCGUGACGAUCAAGCUGGAAUUUGGGAUGAUAGUGUGUCGGUGUGGAAGCGUCCGGAUGGACGAACUGUUUCAGUGGGCAGUGACGGGAGUGUUAUUGUUUCUGGACAUGGGCGUACGCUGCAAUACUAACAAAUAAUGGGAUCACUCUGUUAAUUUACCGAGAUUAGGUAGCUGAAAUUCCAAUGAUAUUAAAUUAACAAUAUUCACAAAAACAUUAAACAAUUUUUCUUUUUGAACAUGUGAAAAUUGCGCUAAUCGCAACAGUUUUUGAAUAAGAAAUGACUGGCAUUACUUAAAUACAUAAAUAUUUGCCAAUAAAAAGCCUA